CGCCCGGCUCGGCACACCGAUCCCCUUCCUCCCCCGUCCUGCAUCUCUCUUCCUUCCUUUGCUCCGCCCAGGCUCAUCUCGAUCGCCAUGGACUCAAAGUGCUUGCAGAUCCAGACCGAUCGCUAUCUGGCCCGGCCCGUCAACUCGCGCCCCUCGCCACGGAGCCCAAGAUCGGCCACAUCCUCCGACUCGACCCACUCGAACUCGUCCGUCAGGAUUGUCCCGUUCCGGUGGGUCCACGGCGGUAGAAGAGUCAUUCUGACGGGCGACUUUGACGACUGGAAGCAAAAGAUCGAAAUGACCGAGGUCUACGAUGGAGAAUUCGAGGCGUACUUGCAGCUCGAUCGCUCGCGCCCUUGGCAGUUCAAGUUUCUCGUGGACGGCCAGUGGAGAUGCGCCCUUGACCAGAACACAUGCUAUGACCAGCACGGGAUGGUGAACAACGUCCUGAACCCAGAGUAAUGGCCCCUGGACCACUCGGCGGUCGCUUGUCAUUUCAGCCUCUGCUCAGUCCAUCUCCAUCUCCAUCUCCAUCUCCAUCUCCAUCUCCAUCUCCAUCUCCAUCUCCAUCUCCAUGUUGCUGACCUUGCCCCUUCUUCGCUCGUGUUCGUUGGCUGCCGUUCCCUGGCAGCGGCCAUGAGGCCGGCUCGAGUGCAACCGAGUCGAGUAUGUACUCAGUCCCUGUAGUCUUGCAUAUUGAGUGGGAGUAUACCUGUGUUGCAAAGGCCGAUACCCUCUAUGGCUUGAUGGUUUAGUGUUGACAAACCGAUGAAAUAGGAUACUGUUUACAGCAAGCCCC